AUGAAGACCGACUCUGAGGAAACUGGAGUACAGUCGUCUUCGGCUACCUCUACUCCUGCUCCUCCAACAUCAGCCACAGCUACAGCUACAGCCACUCCUUCUUCUGCUUCUACUCCACGAAGGCUUCCUGUUAAUCCCCGACGACACAAGGUCGCUCCCGAGCAUCAGAUCCAAGAGUUGAAACACAAGGUCGACCUCUAUGAGCGGGUUCUUCGGGAUACUGUACCCGCAGCUAUCUCCAACGCGGUUACUGAUGCCGCCAGCCGCCAAGAGCUAUCCGUAUUGCUUGGCUGGACGGCCUCUGAGUCUGGUCACAAUGGAUCUCGUGUUGGAUCAACAGCUCAUACAACACCAUCAUUAGAUGGCCAUGCACAUAUCGUGAGAGGCCCCUCCGAGCUCCCCCAAUUCCAAUACCCCAGCAUUCCUCGCCAGUUUCAGCAAAUCUCGCAUUCCCAAUCUCAGAUUCCGUAUCCGGAUGCGCGAAUCCAAGAUAUUAGCCUCGGACUAUCACGGCCACAUCCUCCCCAACUAUCGCAUUCUAUAUCGACUCACCACCAGAGACAAGAUGACGAUGAGAACCUGGCAUCAACCGAGGGCCGACUGCUGCAUGAUCCCGAUGGCCAUGCUCGUUUUCUCGGCGAGACGAGCGGUGCAACUUUUCUCGAUAACUUGAAAGAGUUCAUGACCACGGUUCUCCCUCUUGCCUACCAAAAUCUUCGUCCAGGCUCAGAUGGUAGUGCGUUCCUGUCGAGUCUUGGUAGCUAUCAGACAUACGACUCUCGUCCUCUAAAUAAUCGCGAUAUCGAUCCCGCAUGGUUCCCCUCUUACCCCGAGAUGGACUCGAUGCUUUCUGAGCUACGAUACUUCAUUCAAGACGGGAACGGCAACUGGCCAAGCGGAGGUAUUCAUUGGUGGGGGAAUCUACACACAACGCCCACAAUUCCCCUACUAGAGCGAGAUUCACAAAUGGUCCGGUUGACCAAAUGUCGCCCUCUGGCUCUCUAUCAGACCGCGUUUGCUGUCGUCUCGCAGGCUACACUGAUGCCACCGCUGGACAUUUCUAUAGACUCUAAUCUCAGCGAGAACUAUUACAGCAGGGCGCGUAUGCUCCUGGGGAACCCUCUUGACAUCACGCGCUUUACGCCGAAUGAGGUUGCAGCGUUGACUCUGAUGGGCUUCUACUUGAUCGAGAUGAAUCGUCGCGAUGCUGCGUAUAUGUGUGUGAGUAGCGCCAUGCAUAUCAGCAUCAUGCACGGUUCUCAUAGAGGCUGGCUUGACGAAAGUGGCAAGCGAGUUUUCUGGACGUUAUAUGUACUGGAUCGUUAUCUGAGCUGUCUGAUGGGAAGACCCCCAACCAUUAUGGAUGAUGCCAUCCGUUUAGAACCACCUUGUGAUGCUCCAUCCAUGCCCCCAGCCGACGGUCUCAAGGCACACGUUGAGCUUUCACGGAUCUCGAAUCAUAUCGUGUGUAACACAUAUCGCAUAUCCCCUUCGAAAGAUGUUGUUAGGCCCAUAAGAAGUCUUGAAGGAGAAAUAAGCAUGCUUGAUUCUUGGAGUCUAAACCUUCCGCCCUCCUUACGACUGUCAAGUAACGGACUGAGCGAUGAUCCAGCAACCUGCUUACUGCACAUGUACUACAAUCAGCUCAUUAUCUUGACUAUACGCCCCGUCUUCUUCGCUCUAGUCAAAAAGUCGUUCGCAGAAAAGCUUGUCUCUCGCCAAUGCUCAUUGAGCACGCAUCCCCAACUUCCUCACCUCAAGCGGUGCAUUGCCUCGGCAGAACACAACAUUCGGUUGGCACGCCAGAUCUUACUUGUCAACCACCCCCGAAAACUCCUCCAGGCCGGCCUUCAUUUCAUCUUCAACGCGGCUAUUGUCUUGAUGCUGCAGCAGUUGGUAGAGGAUUUGUGUCCAUCAUCCAGAACCGAGAAGGCUCGGGCACUCGAUCUCGACUUUGUGAUUGCCAGAUUCGAGGAUGAGAGUCGUGUGGGCAGCAACUAUGGCCGAGAUUGUGCUACAGUUCUUCGAGAUCUUCGCGUCCUUGUGCAACGACUUCCUAUACCUGUUGAUAUCAACACAGCGACACGCUCUAUGAACAUGAAUCAAACUUCAACAACCUACGAUCCAAUCGCGAAUCGUACAACGGUGGAUAUGGGACAAUCGUGGCCGGACAAGUUGGCCUCGGAGGCAUUGCAGCAGCCAAUUCUUGUUGAUCAAGGACAUAUGUUAUACAAUGAGUUGGUGUCGUGGAUCGACGUUGACUGGCAGUCCUAUAAUGGUCCUCUUGUCAUCAUCGCUCGUGUUGACUGUCGCAAAUCAUUACCGCAAAUGGCACCUCUCGAGCGCCGAGCCGUCGCGACAUGCUUCAUCUUCAAAUUCCCAUCCGAUGACAUAGCACAGAAGCCAAAGGUUGCUCUCUUCCGCCGGAGUGGCAUCUCUGGCAGUGUAGAGGAAUCCGAUGCGGAUCCACUUUACACAGCCUGGAGAGAACUAGAGGAAGAGACAACUCUCACAAAGGAUUCUUUGCAUCUGUUUCGAAGAGGGAAGCCCUUCUCAUUUGUUGAUGACUCAAUUGGAAGAGAAUGGACAGUCAAUCCUUUUGCCUUCAUUCUCAAAUCAGAGAAGGAGGGUGGUCAAGGCGAAGCUGGUAUCAGAAUAGACUGGGAGCAUGAAGGUUAUGAAUGGUUCGAUCCAGAUACCGUCAACGACUCAGAUGACUUCGGGGGUGUUCCGCGGAUUCUUGAAAGCUUCCGAAGGGUGUGGUUCAAUAUUGAUCUGGGCGAUGCGGCUGGCAACACCCUUGCCACAUGCUUGAUGGCUUUGCAGAACGAUCACGAGAGCGGAGCUCGCCAGCUUGCUUCCAAGGCUCUCGACACAUACAUUGAUGUGGUCAGGACGAUCGACAUCUCAGAUCAAGACCAGUGGUGGAGGAACGUCAGGUUCGCCGGAUGGCAUCUAUGGAAGAAUGGACGGGAAAGCAUGGGUGCAUCAGUUUUGAACACUGUUCUGUCGAGUCUGGGCAUAAUUGAAGGCAGUAUCAUGUCCGGUGAUUCGCUGAACAAGGGUUUGAUUGAAAAGAUCAUCGAGACCCUCAACAAAUACGCUUACGACCGACAGGCUACCAGUUCAAGAACUGGAGCUUCGUUUCAAGCCUUCCUGGAACGCCAUCUAGAAGGAGAUAGGCCAAUCAAGAUUCUUACGCUUUCUUGCAGCUCUACCAUCACAUCGGCCAUCACUCACGUUCGCGGGAAGGGCUCGUGGCCCAUUCAUGUCCAUGUGCUCGAGUCUCGACCACUUUUCGAAGGUGUCAAAAUGGCUCAAGCAAUUACUUCUUUUGCUAGUGAAAGCAGAACAAAGCUCGAGGUAACAGUCCACACUGAUGCGAGUGUCGGUGUUGCGGCGAGAGGUAUUGAUAUCGUGCUAAUCGGGGCGGAUCUAAUCGACGGAACAGCCGCAGUUAGCAAUAAGGUCGGUUCACUACCCACCAUCUUGACAGCCAAGUACGCUGCCCCGCAAGCGAAAAUUGUCGUUCUUUCUGAGAAAGAGAAGGUGUUGCCAUUUCCGCCCCCAGAACAGGAGGAAAAUGACCCCUCGGAGGUUACGCAAGCUUGGAGAGGUCUCUCCGCGGACCUCCUCGAUGCCCCCCACUCUAAAGUAAAUGUCAAAAACGUGUAUUUUGAGAGGGUCCCAUCUGAUUUGAUCGAUCAUUAUAUUACAGAGGACGGGGUUACCGACGCUGCGGGCAUAUCGAGAUACGCCGAGGAUGUCGCAAAGAAAGCUGACCAAUACUUUACCAAUCUAUGA